GCACUGGCGCUCCCGGAGGGGCCCCGCUCCCGGCGCGGAGGCGGCAGGUGCCCGGGGCAUGCGGUGGUAGGACGGGAGGCGGCGAUGGUCGGCCGGGGGCUGCCGGUGCCGCUGCUGCUGGGGCUGCCGCUGCUGCUGGGGCUGCCGGCGGCGGGGCGCGCCGCCUCCAAGGCGCUGGUGUGCCAGGAGAUCACGGUGCCGAUGUGCAAGGGCAUCGGCUACAACCUCACCUACAUGCCCAACCAGUUCAACCACGACACGCAGGACGAGGCCGGGCUGGAGGUGCACCAGUUCUGGCCGCUGGUGGAGAUCCAGUGCUCCCCGGACCUGCGCUUCUUCCUUUGCAGCAUGUACACCCCCAUCUGCCUGCCCGACUACACCAAGCCGCUGCCCCCCUGCCGCUCCGUCUGCGAGCGGGCCAAGGCCGGCUGCUCGCCCAUCAUGCAGCAGUACGGCUUCGCCUGGCCUGAGAGGAUGAGCUGCGACAGCCUGCCGGUGCUGGGGGACACCGAGGUACUCUGCAUGGGAUACAACCGCACAGAAGCCACCACCCUGCCACCUUUCUUUGGGAAGCCCACGCGCCCGGCCAAGGACACGGCCAAAAACCUGACGCCGCUCGGCAGACAGCGCCCGUCGGGGCUGGACUGCGGCCGGACUUGCAAGUGCAAAGCACCCCUGAUCCCCAUCUCCAAGGAGUCCCAUCCGCUGUACAACCGCAUCCGGACUGGGCAGGUACCCAACUGCGCCAUCCCUUGCUACCAGCCCUACUUUACCCAGGAUGAGAAAACCUUCGCCACCUUCUGGAUCGGCCUCUGGUCCAUCCUCUGCUUCCUCUCCACCUCCACCACCGUGGCCACUUUCCUCAUCGACAUGGAGCGCUUCAAGUACCCCGAACGCCCCAUCAUCUUCCUCUCUGCUUGCUACCUCUUUGUCUCUGUGGGCUACAUUGUGCGGCUGGUGGCAGGGCACGCCAACGUGGCUUGCAACCCAGAGCACCACCACAUCCACUAUGAGACCACGGGCCCAGCUCUCUGCACUGUGGUUUUCCUUCUCCUCUACUUCUUUGGCAUGGCCAGCUCCAUCUGGUGGGUCAUCCUGUCCCUCACCUGGUUUCUGGCAGCAGGCAUGAAGUGGGGCAACGAGGCCAUAGCUAGCUACGCACAGUACUUCCAUCUGGCUGCCUGGCUCAUCCCCAGUGCCAAAUCCAUCGCUGUACUGGCACUCAGCUCCGUGGAUGGUGACCCGGUGGCCGGGGUUUGCUACGUGGGCAACCAGAGCCUGGAGAACCUGCGGGGCUUUGUGCUGGCACCACUGGUGGUUUAUCUCUUCACUGGCAGCCUCUUCCUGCUGGCUGGCUUCGUCUCGCUCUUUCGCAUUCGCAGUGUAAUCAAGCAGGGAGGCACCAAGACUGACAAGUUGGAGAAGCUGAUGAUCCGCAUCGGCAUCUUCACCGUGCUCUACACCGUGCCUGCCACCAUCGUCAUCGCCUGCUACAUCUAUGAGCAGCACAACCGGGAAGCGUGGGAACGGGCACAGAACUGCUCCUGCCCGGGGGACCCCCACCGCCCCAAGCCCGACUAUGCUGUCUUCAUGCUCAAGUACUUCAUGUGCCUUGUGGUGGGCAUCACCUCUGGUGUCUGGAUUUGGUCCGGCAAGACACUGGAGUCCUGGAGGCGCUUCACAGCCCAUUGCUGCCGGGCCAGGAAGCCCGCGGGCGCCUCCGUGUACGGCGAGGCCAGCCCAGCGCUGGCAGGCAGGACAGUGCUGCCCAGCAUGGCCUCCUAUCACAAGCAGGUCCCACUGUCCCAUGUGUGACCAGAGGGAGCCUCAGUGACCCCAGCCACAGGGAGAAGAGGGUUGCAAAGACCCUGGGCCACAGAAGAGGGGGUGGCAUCUGGGCCACCCCUGGCAUCCUCAGCCCCACCGUGGUGGUGCUGCCCAGGACAGAGUGUGUAUGCCCGCGGGGCACGGAGCAGCUGCAGCCCCAGGCAGGGCAGGGAGAGGUGCUGCCAGUGAUGUGGGGGCAGAGGGACAGGGAGGCCUGGAGCCUGGCACCACCAUGUAUGCCCCAUUUGGGGUCCCACAGCCUGUCUGGGGUCCUGGGGUGCUGCUGCCUGCAGGCUGGUCAGGUGGCAGGUACCCCUGGAGCACUGAUUUCUGUCCCGCAGGAGCCUCUGGGCAGGUCUGGCUGGUGCUGGGGUGAUGGGGAGACCUGCAGCAGGCAGAGCAGUUGGUAGCCCCCGACUCUGGGUGAUGCACUGGCACCAGCACUGAGCUGCUUGCCAGAGCCCAGGGAGGUGUGAGGGGGCCAGGGAGAGCUGGCAGUGGGGCUCCCUCCCUGCCGUGCUGCACCCUGGCCCCCCAGGCACAGCAGGACAGUGCCCCAGGGCCACUGGAGUCCCUGGGCACAGCUACGGGUUGCGGAGGAGAGGGCUGGGGGCCCCGGCAUGAUGCUGCCGCUGGCCCCACUUGGGCAGCAGCAUGCUGAGUGGGAGGGAGGGAGCUGCGCGUGCCAGGGCUUUGCGGGCAGUGGCGGUGCAGGAGGAAGCGCGUGCUGGCUGUCCCCAGGCAGGGGGCUCAGAGCCGGGCAGGGGCUGGUGCUGGUGGGGCUUAGCCCUGUGGCACCGACUCCUCGGAUUGACCCGCCGCUCUGUGAGGGGCAGCCAGCUCCACUACCCGUGGGGCAACUCGGCCCAGAGAGCCGAGGGGCUGUGCAGGUCAUGAGGCUGCUGUCCCAGCACAGGGUUCGCAAGGAGCCCGGGGCACCGCUGGCUCUGGCACAGAGAGCAGCCGCCUCCUGAGCUGCUGUGUGCUUUGGGAAGGGGUCCAUGCUGCUCUGCAGCUCUCGCCUCUGCAGCAGGGUGAGUUUCUCGUGUCGCCCUUGUGCUGUGCAGGUUACCUGGUGUGAGGUAGGCAGCCCCAGCACCCUGCCCGCCAGCCUGCCGGCUGUGGCAUGCAGUGCAGCAGCUGAGUGUGGCACAACCAACCCUAAAAGGGUGGUUGUGCUUCUGCAGUAAGUAGUGUGUGCAUGGGGGGGAGGUGUUCCGAGCUGGGCGGCAGUCUGUCUCGCCUGGGGAGCAGCUGGGUUUUCCAGCCAGCCAGCUUCAACCCUUCUUGCUGCUUUUUUGAAAGGUACGCCUUUGUCAGAGAGAGUGCAGGGUUUGAGACUGAGCAGUUAAUGUAGGAAAACUCAGCAGAGCACUCAUAUUCCCUUUCCUCUGGCUUCCCAAGCCUUUUUCACUUCCCCAGGUCAGGCAGCAGCAGAGCACUGACAGAACCAGUGCCUGGUGUUAAGCAGUGGUGACAGCUGGGUUUCAAUAAGUAGAAUGAUGGCGGGGGGGUGGUGGAGGGGGCUGUUGUCUGCUUCACCAAACGCAGCGACAGCGAGGGGCUCUGGAUGGGGCACAGCUGGCGAGAGGUGGCUGUCUCUGGCUUCAACCCACUUGUGAAACCAUCCGAUUUGGGGUUGGGUUUUUGUUUUGUUUUUGUUUCCUUCCCUGCCCUAAGUGGUGAUCACAUGUAACUGCCCAGCCAUUACUCGAGUUCUUUUUGCUCGCCUUUGAGUGUGGCACCAUGACCUGCCUGCCUGAGCACUGGAGAACAACUGCUGUCUUUGCUCCUGCAGGGCUGCAAUGAGCCGAGGUUGUUCCCAACACCCUUGGACCACUUCAGUCAAGAAGGUUUCCAUCUCAUAUUAAAGCCAAAGCCUGGGAAGUGAGGGGACGCUCAAGUGGCACAUCUACUGAUAAUAGUACUCCCAAAGUGCUGCAUGAGUGUCUCUGGGGCAUUCCGGGCAGAGCAGCCAGCGGUGCAGGGACUGAGGGCUCAGCAGGGGCCACUCAGCCCCACAUAUCAGCACUCCCGUGACGAGAGGGCUCGCUCCCUCCAGCGUGUUGCAGUACUUCAUUGUGGACAGAGUUGCACCGUGCUGUGUUACAAACUGUAAAUAGUUGUAUUAUAGCCUGGUUUGUACAUACAGAAGCCGUAGUGACCUUUGAUACGGGUUUGGGACAGGUGUGUUCUUGGCAGUGAGGCAGGUCAGGCGCAGAGACGCUGUGGGUAGUCUUGUGUUGUAAUCCAGGGCAUUAAAUGACACCAACCUGCUCCAAUCCACACCUUGCUGGACUCCUCUCUUUCUAUAGUGCCUUUUGUAGAUACAGCUAAACACACGUUAUGCAAUACAAUGAACAAAAACCAUGUCAAAGGUGGUGUUUUGUUGUUUUUGUUUUUCAAAGUGUAACUGACUGUGUAAAGCUUUUUUUUAAAAAAAAAAAAACAAUAAAUCCAAGAUGAUUAGCUACAAACCACUGCCUAUUGAAAAAAAUGCAAGAGCAUUUUCAGCUUUGAACUAAUGAUAGGUUAAUACAAUUAACUUAUGUUUGAGCCUGGCUUCUCAGCAACAAGUGGGGGGGGGGGGGGGGGGGGCACUGUUACCGUGUGCCCUGUAUGCUGUAGCCAAUUACAUGUUGGUUUUUGCCUCUUCCAUUACUGAUGCUGUUCAAUGUUGUUUAAAUAACUGUACUAUAUUUUGUGAAAAACUGAAGAAAUUCUAUUCAAAGAGAAGUAUUGAGAUUAGUUAUUUAUGAGGACUAAA